UGAAACUCAUGCUAUAGACCAGGCUGGCCUUGAGCUCAGAGCGCCACCUGCCUCUGCCCCCUGAAUGUUAUGAUUAAAGGCACACUCCACCACUGCCCGGCCAGAUUGCCUUGUUUUAAAUGGUUCUGCUACCCUCUAGUGCACAAUGACUCAUCACUCACCGAAGAGGCUAACAAACUCAGGUAGUUUAAGGUCCAACUGGAGAUGCCCUUGUCCUAGGGUCUUGCCCAAGCACAUCUCACUCACAGGUCUCAAGACUGUUCAAAAGAAGUGAAUUCCAUAUUGAAUUUGAAAUAAUCAUAAUCAUUCAAGAAACUUUAAGCCAGCCUGGCGCUAUGAAGUCUACAGAAAUGUAUGCAUUGUGGGUGCUUAGCUGAGACGCUCAGAGGGAAGCAGAGCCCCCUGCUGACUGGGAGGGCCAAAGGCUCUGAAGCUAGGAGUUGGGUAAUUUGGAGCCAGCACACGUGAUUACAGAAGAGGAGUAGCCCAGGUAGCCAAUCCAGAAUUGCCGACGCUGCCCGGCCAAUGAGAAGCUUAGCUGAGCCCCCUCUCAACGCCCCGCCCCGCCCCCCUUUCCGGAACCUCCGCGGGCUCCGGCGGCUCUCUCCGCGCAGUUGACGCUUUGCGAUCGCUCUCGCCCCCCAGCAUGCCAUUCAUUGAGUUGGAAACGAACUUGCCAGCUAGCCGCAUACCUGCAGGGCUAGAGAAGCGGCUGUGUUCGGCCACCGCCGCCAUCCUGGACAAACCCGAAGACCGCGUGAGUGUGACGUUACGGCCUGGCAUGACCUUAUUGAUGAACGGAAACACAGAGCCCUGCGUCCAGCUUCUGAUCUCUUCCAUCGGCGUUGUGGGCACGGCAGAGCAGAACCGCAGCCACAGCUCCCGCUUCUUCGAGUUCCUCACCAAAGAGCUGGCCCUGGACCAGGACCGGAUAUGUAUCCGCUUCAUCCCCUUGGAGCCCUGGCAGAUUGGAAAGAAAGGAACUGUCAUGACGUUUCUAUGAUUGAAACAAAGAAUCCAGGGCGCCUGCUGAGCCUGUCCAGAGCCCUCUAGAGAGGCUUCCUGGCAGACUGUGGCUGGGUAGACACCACUGCCGGAUACCUCCUUUGUACAUGUGUCUAUGGCUUCACUGCACACUUUGGUUUUUCUUCUCCAGUCUCAUGAAUAAAGAUGAGGUCAAAUAAACAAAGAGAGUGUAACCCCAA